UCGCCGCCCGCGUCGCACGCAAAGCGCCUAUUUACAUCAAGCGCGUUCGUUGCAGAUGCGAGCACGCCGCCGUUAAAACGAUGCCGGCCGAGGAGGAACCCGCUCCUAUGGACGCCCGCGAUGCCGCCGACGGCUCGCCCCAGCAAUUUUGUCUACGAUGGAACAACUACCAGAGCAACUUGGCGAACUGUUUCGACCAACUCCUGCAGACGGAGUCGUUCGUCGAUGUCACUCUCGCGUGCGAGGGCCGAAGCCUGAAGGCACACAAGGUGGUGCUGUCCGCAUGUAGCCCCUACUUCCAGACCUUGUUCAUGGACAAUCCGUGCCGGCACCCGAUUAUUAUCAUGCGCGACAUCAAAUACUGCGACCUGAAGGCGGUUGUGGACUUUAUGUACCGCGGCGAGAUUAACGUGUCCCAGGAUCAGAUUUCGGCACUGCUCAAGGUAGCGGAGACGCUGAAGGUGCGUGGGUUGACGGAUGUGAGCGGCGAGCCGGCCGUACUUCGUGCGGGGAGCGCGGGGAGCGCGGGUACAGCAGCGGCCGCCGAGGCGCGCGGAACCAAGCGAGCUGGAAGCCACGAGCCCGAGUCUCCAGGGCAGGCACGCCGACGCGUCGCAGAUCCUGGCCCGUUGGGCGCACACGGCUCGCCCGACCACCUGCUGCCGCCGGACGUGCCCGCACCGCCACCACUGCACGCCGACGACGUCGACAUCCGCCCCGGCAUCGCCGAGAUGAUCCGCGAGGAGGAACGGGCUAAACUGCUCGAGAAUUCGCAUGCCUGGCUCGGAGCCUCGACAUCUUCGAUUGCAGCAGAUAGCUACCAGUACCAACUACAGUCGAUGUGGCAGAAGUGCUGGAACACGAACCAGAGCCUGGUCCACAACUUGCGGUUCCGCGAGCGCGGGCCCCUCAAGUCCUGGCGGCCGGAGACCAUGGCCGAGGCGAUCUUCUCAGUUCUCAAGGAGGGACUGUCGCUGUCGCAGGCCGCUAGGAAGUACGACAUACCGUACCCGACCUUCGUACUGUACGCCAACAGGGUGCACAACAUGCUCGGCCCCAGCGCCGACGGAGGCGCAGAUCUGAGGCCCAAAGGGCGCGGCCGGCCGCAGCGCAUCCUGCUGGGCGUGUGGCCCGACGAGCACAUCCGCGGCGUCAUCCGCGCCGUCGUCUUCCGAGACACUCAUGCUCACUCCGCUCAUCACAUCAAGGAGGAGGUCCUUCCUUAUCCUUCUAUCACGGAUGGCAUGACCGUGGGGGUACCGCCGAACGCGUAUGGAUCAGUGGCGUGUGGCAAUGGACGCGAUGGCGGCGUCUCACCGAAUGCCGCCGCCGCCGCCGCAGUGGCCGCCGUAGCUCACGGGCUGCGUCGUCAGAUGUGCAACAUGGUUGUGGCGGCGCAGAGACCUCCAGAUCACCCUCCGCACCUCAGCCUGCCGCCGCUGCCGCUGCAGUCUCCGCGCUUGCCGUCGCCAAUGUCCGCCGGACUGGAGUCUCCGCUGUGCUCUCCGCCGCCACCCGGCCACGCUCUGGAGCCGCCGAAGCCGGCUGACCCGUUCCGCCCGUUCGCCUCGCCGCGCCCCGAUAGCCGCUACAGCGAACGCGAUUCGGUCGCCGACCUCACAGAAAUGGGCCCACCUAAGACUCCGGUGGGCAUCGCUAAGAACGGAAAGGAUCUUGCUUCGCCGCUGCCCGUGAAGAUGGAGCCGCCGCCCUCGGAGGCGCGCGCAGAGAACAUCUGAAGCGAGGCCGCGGGCGCGGGACCUGCCGUGCCCCAGGGCUUGCCCCAGGGUGUGCCGCAGGUGAUGCCGCCGGCAAUGGCGCACUUGGCGCACGGCGCGCACGUGCCUCAAGGCGCGCACGUGCCCCACGCCGCGCACGUGCCGCAUGGACAGCCCAUGCCGCACGGCCAGCCCAUGCCGCAUGGCUCCCCGCUGCCCGCACCCCCGCUGCCCGCUUACCCUUACUUCGUACCGAACCGGAACUCCGUCGGCUACUUCUAAACACGAUAUUUCAAGAGUUACGAUCGUGUCGUAUAAAUUUAUGCCGUUUAAUUAUUUAAAGUGGACUUGCUGUGCA